AUGCAGGAACAUGAAGGAUUUGAAAAACCCAAACAUGAGCAUACAGACGAGAUCAAAGAACAGGAAGAUGAGAAUGACAUAAGAGUGAAGCAGAUGCUCAAAGUUUGCCAAGUAAAGACGGAAAAAAAGGAGAAACAGCCCCAAGGUACUUUCACCAUAUCGUUAGCAAAGUUCAAAAAUAAAAGUCGUAAAAUGAGUGGAAGGAUUGAGAAAAGUCGUGCCAAGUCGCCACCUGGAUCGACAAUGUGGCGUAUCGGGUACGAGAACGAGAAAGUUACGAAGUGUGGCAAGUACGAGUUGAAGUGCGUGUGUUUUCCAAAUUGA